GACGCGAACUAAACUGAUAUUUGUUGGAUAAAAUUACCAGUUCCGUUACAUUGAUAUUGCGAUAAGUAAGGUGCAGAGCAACUGUUGUCGUUUAGUCAUCGUGGUAAAAGGAUGGAAAAAAUACAUACUUUUGAUGAAACUGAUAUCACCUUUCACAACUUCGAUGUACAUGUUUCAAAGGUCAAAGCUGGACAUAUGUCAUCUAUUGCAACACUUAUUGAAUACUUCAAAGAACCGAUUAGUGAAGACAAAUAUAAAGAGAUUUACAUUGCACGUGAGUUUCUCGUCUGGAUGACCCAAAUGACGGCUGAAGAAAUGAAAGACCUUCCGGAUGAAAUAGAUAUUCUUCUUAAAGAACAUCCAGCGACUGCAUUUGCCACACUAUGCAACUCAGCAAAUAUUCAACACCAGAUCAUAUACGGUAUUGGAAAGAAUAUUGGCUAUAUUCCUGGCCAUACAGAAGACGACGACAGUUUAGUAGAAACAGCCUGGGUAGCAUUCAAAUCACAAGACCGUUGGCACCUUGUUGAUCCACAAAACUUUCUUGGUGGCAUAAAAGGAUUCAGACGCGGGGAUGAAAUACUUCUGGAAAGUGAAGGCAAAACGGUUCUGGAGGAGCAAGUGGCAACAUCGGGAACACGAGUUACAUAUGUCAACGACUUUUGGUUUUGUCUGCAUCCCAGCAUAUUCAUAAUCACCUUCUUCCCAGAUGACCCAGAAUGGCAACUACUUCCACCUAGAAAACGUUUAACCAAAUCGGAUUUCAUUUCUCUACCUUUUCUUAUGCCACAAUUCUUCAUUGCAAAACUUCAGCUAUUGAGUGAGCAGGCAUGCAUCCUGCAUACCAAAAAUGGCAGAUGUACAGUUACAUUUGGUGCAGACAAACACGAUGCCAGAUUUAUAUCAAUGGUUUACGAGCUUUCUCUAAGAAAAGGUACAGGAAAUUUGACAGGGGUCGAUGUGCAGGAUUUACCUCUCUUGGUCAUGUAUGUACCGAGCAUUGACACGUUCUCUUUUAAUAUUCGAUUUCCAGUUGCGGCAGAAUAUAUUUUUAGAACGUAUGUCUCCGCUCCGAAUAUAGACGGUGAUGGAUAUCAGAACUGUUCGGAAUUCAGGAUAAUUUGCUCAGAACCUUACCCACAUUGCAAAAAGCUGCCAUUGGACGUCGGAAGUAUUGGAUACGGAUUUGGAUAUACAGCUGUUGACUUUGGCCUCAAAAGUCCAUCAACAACCCAACCGAACGUCGUUGUUAAAUGCAGUGAAAAUGAGGACGUAGAGAUGAAAGAACUUACCUUUCAAAUAGAAGAUGAUAAGAUAGUCGAAAUUGAAUUUUCCUCUGACAUUGUCGGAGAAGAAAACAAAGAAAAUGUUGUCACGGAGACUCACGUUGACGAGGUUUCCGGUAAGUUACACGUGAAGGCUGGAAUAAAGAAGGAAGGGGAAUAUGCACUGUCAAUAAUUGCAAGAGAUAAGCAAAAUGAUCAGUAUUAUAGAAGAAUUAUAAACUAUCUGCUCACAACGAAAUCUUCUGAGGACAACGACCUUCAACUGCGAUUGAAGAAAAGAAAGAGAGAUUUGACCCUUGAAUUUCGAAGGCAAGAAUUACUUGACAAGAAAAAUGCACUUUCUGAAAGAAUCAAGGCAAUAGAAAGUGAAAUAGAUAACCUGAAAAAGAUGUGUGACCUAAAAUAUGAACCAACCCCAGCCGUUCAGAAGUCAAGAGCCUGCGCAGUUAUGUGAAUAAGUGAUAUAAUAAACUAUCUGCUAAUCAUGUGAAAACAGUCGCUUUAUGACAAGUGUGUAGUUACGAUUGUGGAUGUUUGUUUUAUUUGGCUUUUUAAUUUCAUUGAACUCUACUUUUAAUUAUAAGGAAUUAUAUUAUCAACUACAAAAAAAACUAUUCAUUUUCAGUAACGUAUUAUUGCAAGAAUCGAAAUCUUUGAUUCAUUGAAUGUCUCGCUACGGAAAUGUCAAAACCAUUUGCCGGGAUCACGGAAGAUACACACGAUGCGGAAGCAGAGAGCGAAACUUCAAUGGAUGCUUAUCUACAAUAUCCAAAAGAAAACACAACGAACGAGAUAUUUUGAAGAACACUAAAGCACGUUCAAAUAUUUUUAUAGAUACGUUAGUAUCUUUGAAAGUUCGAACCGUCGUGAUGGGUGUUAUAUCUUUCAUUACCUCUCAUGAAUAUGUCAAUCGUACAAGGUCUAGCUAUUUUAUUGCUUAUUUGUGUUAUAAUCUUCUAAUAAGGAUUUUAUGUAAUACAUUAGGAGUAUUUAAUAUCUAUACAUCAUACGUAAGUAUCUGCUGAACAUUCAACGACUGAUAUUAAAUGAAUCCAGAGCUCCGAAAAGAGGGGCU